AUGCAACGAAAUAACUCAGUCACAAAUAAAUCUAAAAACAAACCGAAAUUAUCUCCGUUAGUUAUCACAAAUUAUAUUUCUCGUAUGACGCAGGACGCAACCUCUUCACCCGCCUCUUCAGCCAACAACCAAGAAUGGAAUAUUGUUGAUAUCAACAAACGCAUUAGGUCACCCAACAACUCUACUUCGCCUCGCACAAAAAAAACAAGCGAGUCGCCACACUUCUCCUCACCGAACCGUUACUCUCUACUCAACACAAACGAAAAUAAUAUAGAUAAUAUGGAUAUCGUAACAGAAACAGAAAUCACAUCAUACUCACAAGCAGUAAUAGGUAACAAAUCAAAUAAAUCAGAUUUUAAUAAUACCAACGACCAUAUUUCCAAUCAAAAAUUAACAAACAAACUAACAACGUUCAUUUCCGAAUUUAAAACACUAAUUUCUCCCCUCAUAACACUUCUCAAUCCUCUAAUAACCCUUCUUACCUCAUUAAUAAACAAAUUAAGCUCCAACAAGGGAAACUAA